AUGACUCAAAUCCCAACUUUUCUUCGCACUUUCAACAUUUUCCACGUCUUGGACGAUUUCGAAGAAUACUACGUCCUCGAGUCGUCCAACGGUUUUGAUUGUCUUGACGACCACAAAGACGUUUGUCAUGCCAACGGACUCAGAAACUUCUGGUGCUUUGACGAGUUCGACGACUACGAAGAAGUCCCUACCGCAGUUUCGAUUGUUGGUAUCAUUUCACCGGUUCCGACCGCUUCAAUGGCUUCCACAUCUCCAAAGUUUGCCGCAACCACUUGA